ACUCAUUUUAAUUUGGGGAGAGAGAGUAUAUAUUCGCUCCACACGUGUUGAAGCGGUGCGUGGUUGAAGGGUUUUCAUUUCAACAAUUGUAAUAAAAAAAGUAGAGAAGUUCGAGAUUCGUUAGCAUAGCAAAAUGGCACUACCAAAGGCAAAGGAGAUCGUGUCUUCCAAUCCCGUCGUCGUUUUCAGCAAAAGCUAUUGUCCCUUUUGCGUUCAAGUGAAGAAACUCUUCACUGAUUUGGGUGUCACUUUCAAAGCCGUUGAACUCGAUUCUGAAUCUGAUGGAAGUGAGAUCCAAGGAGCAUUAGCCCAGUGGACUGGUCAGAGGACUGUGCCAAAUGUUUUUAUUGGCGGCAACCACAUUGGUGGCUGUGACUCAACAACUAACUUGCAAAACCAGGGUAAGCUGGUACCCCUGCUGACAUCUGCUGGAGCUAUUUCCGGUUCAACCUCAUAAAGAUGAGCUUGGUUUGUGGUUAUGAAGUAACUAUUGUAAUAAAAAUCCUUGAGUAACAGCAAAUGUAACUCAUUACUUUGAAACUGGUGUUUGUUCUUGCUUGUGAUUUUCAAUAAAGUUUAAACUAGAACUCCGUUAAAUGUUUAUUACUUUAAGAAGUUUUGGUGAUUGACAAUA